AUGCUCCUAAAGCUCGGUGAGGUUCCCACCCUCGUCGUCUCCUCCCCCGAAGCAGCCGCCGAGAUCAUGAAGACCCAGGACGUCAGCUUCGCCAGCAGGCCGAUGAUUUCGUCCGUCAGGAUCAUAGCGUACGGCGACAAGAGCCCCGCGUUCGCCUCCUACGGAUCCUACUGGAGGGAAAUAAGGAAAAUGAGCAUACUGGAACUGCUGAGCAUCAAGCGAGUCCUGUCUUUUCGCUCGAUCCGGGAAGAAGAGGUGCUCAAUUUUGUUCGGUCCAUGGAUCUGUCGUCAAACAGUGGUUGCACCGUGAAUCUCAGUGGCAAGUUCGCGCUGAUGACCAAUUACAUAACCGCAACUCUAACAGCAAGGGCUAUCAUCGGGAGGAAGUUCAAGUAUCAGAAGCAGUUCCUGCAGGUGUUAAACCGAGGACUGGAGGCAUCAGGAGGCUUCAGCUUGGCUGACCUAUUCCCAUCAUCGUCGCUCGUUAGUCUGCUCAGUGGCAUGUCUCUCAAGCUGCCAAGGUUACACCGCGAGAUGGAUGCUAUCCUGAGCAGCAUCAUUCGGGAGCACAGAGAGAGGAACUCCACCGAGCAAGUGGAGGAGGACUUGGUCGAUGUCUUACUCAAAGUCCAACGUGAAGGCAGCCUGCCAUUCGCGUUCACAGACGUGGCCGUCAAAGCUAUAAUCUUGGAUCUAUUUGGGGCGGGCGGCGAGACAACAGCAACAACACUGGAGUGGAUCAUAUCGGAGCUGAUGAGAAAUCCAGGUGCGAUGAAGAGGGUGCAACAGGAGGUGAGGGUGACCGUCGGAGGAAAGGGAAGGGUGAGGGAGGAGGACAUCAACGAGAUGAACUACCUGAGGAUGAUCAUUAAGGAGACACUGAGGCUGCACCCUCCUCUUCCUCUGCUGCUCCCCCGAGAGUGCCAGGAUCAGUCUGCCGUAGCCGGCGAAGGGACCCGUCACAAUGGGUUCUUGCUCGAUCGUGUCCUUGGGAGGAGGGACCCAUCGUAGUGAGUUUUUGCUCGACUGCAUCCGUAAGAGGAGGGACCCAUCGUAGCGGGUUCUUGCUCGACCACAUUCACGAGAGGAGGGACCCAUUGUAGCAAGUUUUGGCUCGAUUGCAUGGGCGGGAGAAAGAACCCGUCGUAGCGGGUUCUUGCUCGACCAUGUCCGCGGGAGGAGGGACCCAUUACAGCGGGUUCUUGCUCGAUCACGUUCGUGGGAUGAGGGACUCGUCGCAUUAGGUUAAUGGCUGUGGGUGAUGCUGUCGUGGGUGGUGCUUAUUGUUGUCAAGGUACAUUGCCUAUGGUGCCAAUUGGGCCAUGAUUCGUCCUCCCUUCUUCAGGGUUUGCAUUGCUUGUGUCUUUUAAUCAUGAAGGGGGUCGUCAGCUGUUCUGAGGCAGGAUCUGCUUAGGAGGUUGCACCCUUUUUCCGAGCCCUUGCUAUCAUCUGAUGAUUGGAGGCUCGUCUUCCGUGGUGGACUUCAUUUUGGGUUUCGCAUCGUCCCCAAACGAAUUCGUAUGAGCAUUGCUUUGUUGAAGAUGAGCCAUUCUUAUCGUCACCAAGCUUGUCCUGAGGUCUUUAUAUGGUGGAGCUUUUGUCAUUGUAUUACUAGCUUUUAGAGCUUUGCUUUGU